AUGACGACGUACCCGGAGUUGAAGACGGCAAUCCAAUGGAUUUCAUUCGGUUUUUCGAUCUGUUUCAACAGUCUCCUCGUCUAUUUGAUCCUCACGAAAUCGCCGAAAAAAAUGGGAAACUAUCGAUAUCUGAUGAUUUAUUUCUCCUGUUUCGCCAUCUUCUUUUCCAUCAUCGAUGUUAUUGUCGGACCGGUAAGAGCUGAUAUUAUUUCGAUUCGGGAUCAGCUCGGAAACGUCUAGAAACGUCCUCAAACGUUUGCUAUUCUUCGACAAUUUCUCUAAUCAGUUAUCAAUCCAAGAUAAACGAACCUUACUCCGUGAAGAGUUUGUUCAAAACAAAACACCGAUGAAACAUUUGGCCAAAUGUUAAUUUCCGAAAAACGUAGUCCCCUAGACGAUUGAAGUGCAAUAGAAGAAGAAUUGUUUUAUAACCUCCCAGAAACAGUUCCCUUUUUCAGUUCGUGCACUCGUACGGCAAGAGUUUCGCAAUGUUGGCGGACAGAAGAGAGUCUAACAUCUCACCUCCCGUACUCUAUUUCCUUUUGUGUAAGUUUACGGCUUCAAUGACUUCUAAUGACGUCUAGAUGCUCUGGGCUCAGUAGUUCCACAAUUUUCUUCUGAAUUCUACACGAAUUUGAUUCCCAAUUUGAAUUUUGUCUAUAGUUUUCUGUAAUUCCAGGUGUCCUCUGUGGUUGUUACGGAGUCACCAUCACUUUUUUCGCCAUCCACUUCCUCUUUCGAUACUUUGCUUUGGAAAGGUUACUGACUGAUAUAUCAAAAAAGUUAUCCUAAACUGUAAUUCUUCCAGAAAAGGUCGUUUGACCUACUUUCACGGUGGUUAUUUUGUUAUUUGGGUGGCCGUUCCCGUCUUUUUCGGCAUUCUCUGGGGCUUCACAGUCGGAUGGUUUCUGGCGCCAACGGAGGAAUCGACCGAGUAUCUCAAGUGAGGGACCAAGUUAAGAGUAAAGAAAAAGAUAGAAUUACAGACAAAGUAUCGAAGAGAGUUAUCACAUUCCGAUGGAAAAUGUCACUUUUGUGUGUGGGCUCUACUGGAGAACCACUGAGAACGGAAAGGAAGAGAUGGUGGCUAGCAGCAUGUGUGCUGUUGUCAUCUUCGCGGCAAUGAUGGUAACAUGACUCGAAAUCUUUGUGAAACAGUUGUUCUUCCAGGGCACUUCGUUCUCCGUCGUCUGUUAUUACGGUUAUCUGAGCUAUCAACGCAUCAACGCACUGAUGAACGAGGGGGAAUCGUCGUACACGAAGAAUCUGCAGAGACAGCUGUAUAAGGCACUCGUCGCGCAGGUUUGGGCACUUUUUUUGCUACCGGGAUCUCUAAGACUGUAAUAGACGACGAGCAAUCUCAACAGCCUGGUGAUACAACAAAUGUGAACACAUAGAAACAGGCAACUUCUAAUAGAACGGUACCCUUCCAUCUAAAGCUAUGUAUCUCAGGUUCCAGUGAAAAUACCAAGAAGUUGUCAACUAAUAAAGUGUUCAUUAUAACGUUGUGCACAUUUUCUCAGUUGACAUCUUUUUGAUAUCUCCAUACGCCGCUGAGAUAUACUGUUUUGAAUGGACGGUAUUCGCAUGCCACCCGCCGUUUCGAAACUCAUUUCAACUUCAAAGCAUCGCGGAGCCACUGCUUUGUGGCAUGCGCUCGUGGUAUGAAAAACUUGAGGCAUGGGAGAUUUGAAAUCAAUUUUGAAUAUCUUGCAAAAUGUUCAUAAACUUAAUGAAACGGUAAAAUGCAGACUGGCUACUAGUGAAGAUCGAUAAUAGUUGUCAUUGAUUCACGUGAUUCUCUGUCUAUCGCCACAAAUCUGAAACUUUUGAAUACUAUCGGUCUUUUGAAAGUAAAUGUGUUGGGUUGCAGGCGAUAAUCCCGAUAGUUCUGAUGUACUUGCCGGUGAGCAACUACCUGAUCCUUCCUGCGUUCGGAUGGGACAUCUCUCCGAUCAGCCGCCUCGUCACUCUCGUUUAUGCCGCCUAUCCUGCAGUCGACCCGCUUCCCCUCUUCUUCAUUAUCGACAACUACCGCAAUGCUUUGACAGGUCACAAUCAUUCCGUCAAACUGUUUCCAUAGACUCUUCUGAAAACUAAUGAAAAACUAGUUACUUCCAGGUUACUUCUACUGUUGCACUGCCAACAAUAACCGUAUUUCGAUGGGCGAUGAAGAGAUUUCGCGCGGAAACACAACUAAUUAAAUGUUAUUUUCAAUGUGUACUAGAAAAUGAAAAGUGUUUUGUUUUUGGCUCCGCGACACGUUUCCGAGGAGUGUUACUUGUCUCUUCAAGCUAUAAAAAUGUUGCUCGGACCUUGUUUGACGCAUUUUGGGGGUAAAAUGAAAAUGGAAAUGAAACGUCGGGAGCCAAUGUUGACAACUCUUGAGGUGUCAUGGAAACUGCUAUUUGUAUCAGUAUUAGGAAUCAUUUGGAAACAGGAUUAAUAAGCCUGAAUCACGGCCUAGUUGGGGGGUAUUCGUUUCUGUUUCAAAAUCUUCAUGAAAUUGCCUCAUCUCUUGUUGUUCGGCGUCAUAGUUCAUUUCUACUGUAUAAUUCGUUUCAUUUAUGUACAUCACCCCUGUUUGUCACUCGAUUCCCUUGCUAUUGUAUCUCGUAAAUGCUCUGCCGACAACAUUAUACUCCCCCGACGUUUAUUCGGAAAUUAACGCAACCCGAACACUCCUUUCUCUUCUCUUUUAUGUUUUGAUCUUCCACACCAGUGUUGAGCGGAAUUCCGUUUGCCAUCUUCCGGGAUUUUUUCUUCUUACCGUAAAAGAGUAAUAGCUUUUCAGAAGCCAUUUACUAGCCCCGAAGAACGCGAAUUUCCACGGGCAGUGCUUUUAGUGUGGAAUCCACACUAAAAGCCGAUUCCGAGUAGAGAUACAAUAAUGAUACCUACAUAAUUCCCGGUUUCUUCUACCCUAUAAUCGUCUUCUUCUUCUUCUAGUCUUCCAAUACUCGUUCUUUCCCUUUUUAGGUCUUAAGAGGCAAUGUCUGAGAAGUUCAAAACCUGCAGGUGACUAAAAAUUCAGAAUGCUUCAAUUUGUCCUAUAUUAUACCCAAUGGGUACUUACAUAACAGUAAUACAUCAGACAAGUUUUGGUCCGGCUCCGUGGUCCCUAGUCCGAUCACGAUCCCAAAAUAGGUCAAACCUGUAACUAAUUUCAAAAAAAUGGUAGCGUCUCAGACCGAACGCCAUUCGAUUUCUCGCAUCUUUUUAAGCAUUUUUCAUGAAGGCACCAAAAAUUUAGCACCUCUCCUUCAUGAAGCAAAAUAUUGUUUUGUGACAUUUUUCAGAAAAUUUUUCAGUUUUCUGCUCGUCCUGAAAAAUUUUAACACUACAUAGCCAUGAUUUUAUUGCUGAUUCUGAAUCUAGACAUUAUUGUGCUUCUGCAAAAAAAAAGUUCACCCCGAUCCCGAUUGACAUCAAGGGGUUUUUGGCCGAAAUUCACAAAAUUCGUAGUACUUUUGCAUGGAAAAAUGUUCGUGAACUUGAGAAAAGUGCGUUUUCUCAAUUUUCAAAGGAGUCUGAUUGCGAUUUUUGUUGUUUUCGUAUACUUUUAGGCAUUCUCGAUUUUUUAAAAGCAUUUCGAAAAUUAAUUGUUUCUCGAUUUUUUAAAAGCAUUUCGAAAAUUAAUUUUUUCUCGAAAAUUUUGUCAUUACCCCCCCGGGUCGACGACUUGUUCUAAUUUUUUUUUAUUCUCGAAAUGCUUUAAAAAAAUCGAGAAUGCCUAAAAGUAUACGAAAACAACAAAAAUCGCAAUCAGACUCCUUUGAAAAUUGAGAAAACGCACUUUUCUCAAGUUCACGAACAUUUUUCCAUGCAAAAGUACUACGAAUUUUGUGAAUUUCGGUCAAAAAACCCCUUGAUGUCAAUCGGGAUCGGGGUGAAUUUUUUUUUGCCGAAGCACGAUAACGUCUAGAUUCAGAAUCAGCAAUAAAAUCAUGGCUAUGUAGUGUUAAAAUUUUUCAGGACAAGCAGAAAACUGAUAAAUUUUCUGAAAAAUGUCACAAAACAAUAUUUUGCUCCAUGAAGGAGAGGUGCUAAAUUUUUGGGGCCAACAUGAAAAAUGCUUAAAAAGAUGCGUGAAAUCGAAUGGCGUUAAGUCUGAGACGCUAGAAUUUUUUUGAAAUUAGUUACAGUUGUGACCUAUUUUGGGACCGUGAUCGGACUAGGGACCAAGGAGCCGGACCAAAACUUGUCUGAUGUAUCACUGUUAUGUAAGUACCCAUUGGGUAUAAUAUAGGACAAAUUGAAGCAUUCUGAAUUUUUAGUGACCUGGUGAAAUUUGCGAAUUUCGAGGUUCUCAGACAUUGCCUUUUAAAAGAUUCAGAUAAUUCCAGAAAUGACGACGUACCCGGAGUUGAAGACGGCAACCCAAUGGAUUUCAUUCGGUUUUUCGAUCUGCUUCAACAGUCUCCUCGUCUAUUUGAUCCUCACGAAAUCGCCGAAAAAAAUGGGAAACUAUCGAUAUCUGAUGAUUUAUUUCUCCUGUUUCGCCAUCUUCUUUUCCAUCAUCGAUGUUAUUGUCGGACCGGUAACCCGCUAAGCCUGUAGCUUGUGAAAGCAUAGAGAAGCAUUUUCAUGUGAACCUGUACUAGGGUGAAAAUCGGGGAGGGUUGAUAAGUUUGUAGCAAUGAAUGCAUGACUAUUGUACUUGUUUCCCAAAUUUCAAGAAUGACUUGGUUUUGCGUGCGGCUCUCAGUGUCGAUUUACGGGAUACGGUUUUUCAACUGAAAACACUGUUUUCCCGAGUUUUUGGGAUUAUGCAGCGCUCAAUUCAGCAUUAGCUAUUGGGGAGACAGUGCGUUCGAAACUGAAACAGUUCUCUUUUUCAGUCCGCGCACUCGCACGGCAAGAGUUUCGCAGUGUUGGCGGACAGAAGAGAGUCCAACAUCUCACCUCCCGUACUCUAUUUCCUAUUGUGUAAGUUCACGGCUUUAAUGCCUUCUAAAUGCUCUAGGCUCAAUAGUUCAAUUCAUUUAAUUGUUUUUUAUUUUGUCUAUAAUUUUCUGUAAUUCCAGGUGUCGUCUGUGGUUGUUACGGAGUCAUUAUCGCAUUUUUCGCCAUUCACUUCCUCUUUCGCUACUUUGCUUUGGAAAGGUCAGUUCAUGUCGAGUUCACAAAAUGCUUCUGAAGCUGUAAUUCUUCCAGAAAAGGCCGUCUGAAAUACUUUCACGGCGGUUGGUUUGCCAUUUGGGUGGCCGUUCCCGUCUUAUUUGGCGCUCUCUGGUCCUUCACAGUCGGAUGGUUUCUGGCGCCAACCGAGGAAUCGACCGAAUAUCUCAAGUGAGGGACCACGUUGGGAGAAGCAUAAAGAAAAAGUAGAAUUACAGACAAAGUAUCGAGGAGAGUUAUCAAAUUCCGAUGGAAAAUGUCACUUUUGUGGGUGCUCUCUACUGGAGAACGACCGAGAACGGAAAGGAAGAGAUGGUGGCGAGCAGCGUGUGUGCUGUUGUCAUCUUCGCGGCAAUGAUGGUUAGUAACAUCACAAUAACCACAGAUUGUGCCAAUUUUUAUUGAAGCCUUUGUGAAACAGUCGUUCUUCCAGGGCACCUCGUUCUCCGUCGUCUGUUACUAUGGCUAUCUGAGCUAUCAACGCAUCAACGAGCUGCUGAUGAACGAAGGGGAGUCGUCGUACACGAAGAAUCUGCAGAGACAGCUGUACAAGGCACUCGUAGCGCAGGUUCGGGCACUUUUUUUUUGCAAUAGGGAUCUCUAAAUGUUCUACUUGAUAACUUUUUGAAACAGAUUCGAUUGCAGGCGAUAAUCCCGAUAGUUCUGAUGUACUUGCCGAUGAGCAACUACCUGAUCCUUCCUGCGAUCGGAUGGGACGUCUCUCCUCUCAGUCGCCUCCUCACUCUGGUCUAUGCGGCCUAUCCGGCAGUCGACCCUCUUCCCCUCUUCUUUAUUAUCGACAACUACCGCAAUGCUUUGGCAGGUCAGAAUCAUUGUUUCAAUGUCUUUUCUCUCGAAAUCCGUCAAACUGUUUCCAUAGACUCUUCUGAAAACUAAUGAACAAACUGGUUACUUAAAGGUUACUUCUACUGCUGCACUUCCAACAAUAACCGUAUUUCGAUGGGCGAUAAGGAGAUUUCGCGCGGAAACACAACCAAUUGA